AUGGCUGAAGAGGAGGUCUCGAAGAAGAUGGAGUCUCUGACCGUCAGCGAAGGCGAGACGAAGACCUGGGAGCCCAUGGCCUUCCCUGAGGACCGCAUCGCCCACUGGAGGAAAUGCUUCGAUGGACAUCCCGAUGCCAAAGAGCUGGACGGCAAGAAAGCCCUCGCUGCGAAGGUGAUCCACCAGCUCUUCUUUACCCAGGCGGAGCGCAUGGAGUACGGCUUCAAGGAUUUCGAGUCGGACUUGAAAGGAACCAUGGAGGACGCGGACAAGCCGCUUACCUGGGAAGACGUGGAGAAGUACAUGAAGGAGAACUUUUAA